AAUCCUAAAAAUCAAGAAACACACAUUCAAUUCAGGAAAUAAAAAAACGCACUCUCAAGGCCAGUGUGUGUGUUCUUUGUGUCUGCAUGCGGGAUGGCAACUCUGGAAGCUGCUAUUCCAGGCCUCCGAUUCCGGCCGCAAUAUCACACAUCGAACACGCCAUUUGCAAGAUUUGCGAGACCCUCUGGCCGGAAAAUCCGCCGGCUAUCUCUCAAGUGUUCGCUCGUCGGCCAGCAACAAAUAGAAGAGGAAGAAGAAGUUUCCAAAACAGCAGCAUUUACAGAGGAAGAAAAUGCCCUCAUCAAUGCUUUAAUCGGCAUUCAAGGCCGCGGCCGCUCUGCCUCUUCGCCGCAACUCCAAGAAGUUGAAAGAGCAGUGCAGAAAUUGGAAAAUUUAAAGGGCGUGUCUGAUCCUACGGGUUCGAGCUUGAUCGAAGGUCGUUGGCAGUUAAUGUUCACAACUAGACCUGGAACAGCAUCCCCAAUUCAGCGAACGUUUGUGGGAGUCGACUCGUUCAGUGUAUUUCAGGAAGUAUAUCUUCGAUGUGAUGAUCCACGCGUAUCCAAUAUAGUAAAGUUCUCUGAUGUGAUUGGUGAGCUGAAAGUAGAGGCAGUGGCGUCUACCAAAGAUGGAAAACGGAUCCUCUUCCGGUUUGACAGAGCAGCCUUUUCCUUUAAAUUUCUUCCCUUCAAAGUUCCAUAUCCCGUACCUUUUCGACUUCUUGGGGAUGAAGCCAAGGGCUGGUUGGACACUACCUAUUUGUCCCAGUCCGGGAAGAUACGUAUAUCACGAGGAAACAAGGGAACCACAUUUGUGCUGCAGAAGGAAACUGAACCGAGACAAAGAUUGCUAUCGACCAUUUCUAGCGGUGGAGAUGUGAGAGAGGCUAUUGAUGAGUUUAUUACCUUAAAUCAAAGUAAGGGCAAAAGUGAACUGGAACUUGUUGAAGGAGAGUGGCUGAUGAUAUGGAGUACACAGGAAGAAACAGAGAGUUGGAUAGAGAAUGCUGCAAAAGGUUUGAUGGGAAAGCAGAUUAUCCGGUCAAACGGUGACAUUAAAUUUCUGGUCGAUAUACUUUUUGGUUUCAAAUUCUCCAUGACAGGGAAGUACGCGAAAUCUGGCUUCAACACGUACGAUGUCACCAUGGACGAUGCAGCAAUCGUGGCUGGUCCAUAUGGGAUCCCAGCAGAAAUGGAAACCAAGUUCACACUGGAACUGCUAUAUACUGAUGAAAAGAUCAGAAUUAGCCGUGGAUACGGCAAGAUUCUUUUCAUCCACGUCCGUGUCGACGCAGCCCUACAGAAAUGAGUUUGCAGAAGUUAUUGAGACAGAAAUUGCAGCCAGUCUUGCCUCAAACAAAUGUUGUGCAAUCUUUGCUAUGCACAUGAAGCAUUUGGAAUUCAAUGAAAGAUGAACCUACGCAUUGUAAACAUGUCAGAGAGCUUCUUAUAAUAGAUUCCAAAAUUCUCGUAUUAA